UCUGGGGUCCCCAGAGCCCCAGGCCUCGGGAGGUGCCACGGCUCUUCCGUACCCGAGGACCCCGAGCAGGUCCCAGGCCUGGCCGGGGACGCUGCGACUGCCAAGGGCCCAGUCCUGCCAAGGAACGUGCUCAGCGAGAGGGAGCGCAGGAAGCGGAUCUCGGCGAGCUGUGAGCGCCUUCGGGUCCUGCUGCCCAACUUUGACGGCCGGAGGGAGGACAUGGCCUCUGUCCUGGAGAUGGCCGUGCAGUUCCUGCGGCUGGUGCACAGCCUGGUGCCCGUCCGGGAGCAGCCCCACGUUCCUGCUCCCUCUAGGGCCGCGUGGCACACGUGGCAGGGGGACGUUCUGCAGUGGACCGUGGAGAGCCAGGUUUCGGCAGGCGGGUCAGACUCGGGGACAGCUGCAUCCAGCCUGACUCUGCAGCAAGAGCCCCUGGGGUGUGCGCCCCAGGGUGCGGACGAGAGCAGGGCCCCGGCUGGGUUGUCAGAGCUGCUGGACGGGCUGCCCGUCCUGCCUGGGCCCUCCAGCCUGGGGUCCCGGCCCCCGCCCUGGCCUUCCUGCUCCUGGCAGCCAACCUCCUCCAAGACACAUGAGGAAGCUGCCAGCAGGCCAGGCCAGGCCGGGCCCCCGACCAGGACCACCACAUCUCCAGGCAAGCUGCUCAGGGAGGUGGCCCUGACGCCCGCACCGGACACCAGGUCUGUACCUGGGCUGGACGUGGAGGACGGGGACUGCUUCCCACUGAGCACCAGUCCUCAGUGGUGGCCAGGGUCCGGGGAGGCCAGAGGAGCGACCCCAGGUGGGGUCCCAGCCAGGAGCAGCCCAGUGGGCAGUGCAGAGCCCGGCUUCCUGGGUGACCCUGUGCCCAGCUCCGAGGAGCUCCAGGAGAGCUCCCUGGAGCUGUGGAGCUCGGACAUGGACACCUGGGGCCUGGACCUGCGGGAUGACAUCUUCACUGACUUCCUGGCCUGCUAGAGGGUGGUGCGUGGCAGUGGUGCCCGUCAGGCACGUGGAGGGUUUAUUUUGGUUUGGUCGCAGCUGUGCUCUAAUUUGAGCUAGGCUGGCAGCCACGUGCUGGGGGCUGGAUAUUAAAGGGGGAAAGUGCCUUUCCUGGAGGAGGCAGUGUUUGUGUGGCUUCUGUGUGAUUAAACGGAUCUAUCAGCA